GGUUAGGUCAGCUGAGCGUAUUGCGGGCGCGGUGUGGUCGUGGUGUGUACGUCAGUCAGUGACUGGCUGCGCCGACCGGUUUCUUUUGUCUCUGAACUUUGUUCUUGUGCUCUCUCUCCUGUCACAUUGAAUUGAAGAAAUUGAGCCAUGUCACGUAAGGGAGGCAAGCUGCGUCUUGCCACAUACAUGUGUCCCAGUCACCCAGUGGAGCUCUACGAGCUACUCAUGAGCUACCUGGAGGAGUCUCUGGACUGUGAGGCCACGCUUAUGUAUGAGUCACGUGCAGGGGGAGGUCCUUUGCAGGACAGAGUAGAUCCAUUCACUGACAACUCCAUUGAUAUCGCCUUCAUGACAUCAAGUGCUCUUGUGAAAUUGUUGGAUUCCAAGAACCAGUUCAUAGAACUACUCCCUGUGGCUGCCGUCUUCAAGCACCCUCAGAACAAGGACAACUCACCUGGUUACUACUCUGAUGUUAUCAUCCACAUCGAUGGCAAAAAGCAUGUGAAAGAGUUUCUGGACCUGCGAGGUUGUCGGUGGGCCUACUCAGACGAUGAAUCCCUCAGUGGCUCAACCAUAGUGUUGAAAACUUUACGACAGUUGGGUGAAAAUGCUACUUUCUUCGGAAACGCCAUAAAGUCUGGAUCUCACCUGGCCUCAGUCCAAAUGGUGCUUCAGAAGCAGGCUGAAGCAGCGGCUGUGGACUCCAACACUCUAGCUUACAACAAGGUUCACCUACAAGACAGGGGCAAGGAUCUCUUUGUACUGGAGAGCUUAGGUCCUCUGCCUCCCUACCCUAUUGUAGUCAACUCGAGACUUCCAGGUGAACUAAAAAAUAAACUUUCAACAGCUCUUUUAAAGCUCACUGACACAAGACUCUGGGGUGAGAGAAUAUCGAAAUUUGGCAUCACUGGCUUCAAAAAAAAUAAUAUCGAUGAAUAUGAACAAGUAAGAGACUUAAAAGAGGCUGUUCAAAAUGUUGGACUCGGAAUUCGUUAUUACUGAAGUAAUAAUAUUGGAAAAAGAUAACAUCACACAUCAGUUGAUGUUAAAAAAGACAAUCAGUUGUGUAUAUGUUUCUUUUAUAUAAUGUAGUUCUGGUCAGAUAUGUGUACGGUGUCUUUAUUUGUUAUUCAAUAAAUAUUAUUUUGAUAUA